GUCGUGGCAUCCUUCCCGUGCUAAAUCUCUCAGCAGAGAUGGCCUUCUACAAUGCUUCGAAUUUAUCAUCCACGGCACAGAGAGAUGUAGAGCUCGCGGAUCCGCCCUCGGAUUCGAUCUCUUCGCUCUCGUUUUCUCCGACCGGAGAUUAUUUAGCCGUAGGGAGUUGGGAUAACCAAGUACGCGUCUAUGAAGUCGCAGCUAACCUGCAAUCCCAGGGAAGAGCCGUGUACUCUCACCAGGGCCCUGUCUUGGACCUGUGCUGGAGCAAGGAUGGCGCUCGGAUACUUUCUGGAGGUGCCGAUAACGCGGCCCGUGUAUUCGACAUACAGACGGGUCAAUCCAGUCAAGUUGCGGCUCACGACGCCCCUGUAAAGGCUGUCAGAUGGGUCGAGACCCCGCAAGGCAGUAUACUGAUUACGGGCAGCUGGGAUAAGACUAUCAAGUAUUGGGAUCUCCGGAGUCCACAACCUGUCGGCACUGUGACUCUUCCUGAACGAUGUUACAGUCUCGAUGCAAGCUACCCCCUCAUGGCAGUUGGGACAGCGGAUCGCAGUGUGCAGAUCUUCGACCUCAGAAAUCCAAUGAGCCCUCAGAAGUGUAUUCCUUCUCCCUUGAAGUGGCAAACGCGAGUCGUAUCCUGUUUUCAUACCGGUGACGGGUUUGCGAUCGGCAGCGUGGAAGGUCGCACUGCUAUACAGUUUGUCGAUCCGAAAAACGCCGGGAACAAUUACACGUUUAGGUGUCAUCGGAAGGAUGUGAAGCAGGUUUCGAGAACGGAGUCAAUUAUCUACGCCGUGAAUGAUAUAAGAUUCCACCCGGUAUAUCAGGGGACAUUCGCGACUUGCGGAUCCGAUGGUACUGUCAACUUCUGGGAAAGAGAUUCUCGUACUCGGCUGAAGACAUUCGAGCCUUCUCCGGGCCCCGUAACGUCUCUGGGGUUCAAUCGGACCGGGACCCUUUUUGCCUAUGCUGUGUCAUACGAUUGGUCUCAGGGCCACUCGCACAUGAAGCCGGGAUAUCCGAACAAGAUAAUGCUGCAUACCUGUAAGGACGAAGAAGUUCGAAGGAAACCCGCUUACCCCGGAAGACGCUAAACCACCACUGUCGGCCAUCCCCCUCGAAGUUUGAUCGUACACAAAGCCCACAUUCUUGUAUCAUUACUUACAACAUCUUUGAUAUAACUACCAGACGUUUGCGACCGCAACUCCCCCUGUUUUCUGGUAGCGAUCCCUGCCCGUGCAAUCGUUCGUACGCCAGCGCAUUUCGCCCUUCCUGCGGAUCGAAUCAUGUGCAAUCUGUCAGGUUCGAGGAGGGGCACUCCCGUAGUCCAACCAAGUACUCGACCGUUUGAUAGGCUGCCCACGGUACAAACUCUGCGAUGCAUAUGAAGCUGACUGCUACAUAUAUCAGGGUGUAUCGUUCACUUACGAGGUGUGUAAUGCCCACUGAAAUAGAAUUCGACAUCUGGCGUAAGAGCAUAUCUCAGUAUUGCGUGUGAAUCCGAACCUUUGUCAAUCAGUACGCACGCGAACGCACUGUAUGGCAAUCCUCGUCCCCCCUGGCAACACCUGGAAGUCCUGAAGCGCGGACAA